UAUAAAUUUAAAGUUGAUGCUCGUUACUUGAUUAUUUUACUGACUUCGCAGAGGUCGUUUUGUGAAGACGUCUUACAGCCGUUCUUAUUCGUAAAUGUAUCUAUCUUUUGUAUUGAUUGAUCGGUGUUCGUUGAUGAAAUUGUUUUAAAAUCAAAUCAAGAAAUAUGCUCAAACCUAUUUAUUGGAUAGCAAUAUGUUUGCUACAUCCAAUACUUGCAAGUUCAGAAAAAUAUCGUCUACCCACAGCUUUAAGGCCAGAACAUUAUAAGCUAGAGGUCAUUACACAUCUCGGAGACGAUGAGGGAUUCAAAUUUUCCGGAAAAGUUUGGAUAAAGAUAAACUGCGAAGAAGACACAAAGAACAUAACUCUGCACUCAAGAAAUCUCGAUAUAAACACCAAGGAACUGGUAUUGAAUGAACUCACAGACGAUGGCAAUAAGGCAAUGCUCGUCGAGAAUACUGACUUCGAUACGGAUCAUGAAUUUUUUAUCAUCUAUACGACUGAUAUAAUGAAAAAGGGUCAAAACUAUGAACUUUACAUUCCAUUUUCUGCGGAACUGAAUCAAGGACUGUUGGGCUAUUACCGAAGUAGUUACAUUGAUCAGAAAACACAGAGUCGAUUAUGGAUUUCAGUCACACAAUUUGAAUCGACGUUCGCGCGUCGAGCAUUCCCAUGUUUUGAUGAACCGGAAAUGAAGGCCAAGUUCGAGAUCAGUUUGGGACACGAAAAGAAAUACAAUGCAUUGAGUAACAUGCCUGUGAAGGAGACCACCGAUAUAAAGGAAAAGUCGAACUGGGUUUGGUCACACUUCCAGGAAACAGUUCCCAUGUCUACAUACUUGGUGGCAUACUCAAUAAAUGACUUUGAAUUCAAAGAGUCGAUCGUUAAAAUGAGUCAUGAUGUGUUGUUCAAAAUUUGGGCACGACGCGAUGCAGUCUAUCAGGUGGAAUACGCAAAAUAUAUUGGGCCCAAGGUACUGAAAUUCUACGAGGAAUACUUUGACAUCAAAUUUCCUCUGCCCAAGAUGGAUAUGAUUGCGAUUCCAGAUUUUUCAGCUGGUGCCAUGGAAAAUUGGGGCCUAGUUACAUACCGUGAAACAGCGUUGCUAUUUUCGCCAAAUGUAUCCUCGUCUAGUUCUCAACAUCGAGUUGCUUCAGUGAUUGCACACGAAUUGGCUCAUCAAUGGUUCGGAAAUCUGGUAACUAUGAAGUGGUGGGAAGAUCUCUGGCUAAAUGAGGGCUUCGCUACUUACGUAGCAUCGCUGGGCGUUGACUAUCUACAUCCCGAAUGGAAUUCCUUCCAAGAGGAGUCCGUUUCGAACACAUUGGACAUAUUCAAGUUUGACUCGUUGAAAUCCAGUCAUCCCGUGUCAGUGCCAAUUGGUGAUCCAGCCGAGAUAUCGCAAAUAUUUGACAAAAUUAGUUACGAAAAAGGAUCCAGCAUAAUACGAAUGAUGCAUCUGUUUUUGGGCGAAGAGGCGUUCCGUUGGGGUGUUAGUAACUAUCUGAAGAAACACAAAUAUGGAAAUGCUGAACAGGAUAACCUGUGGGAAAGUUUGACCGAGGAAGCACAUAAACAAGGCUCGUUAGACAAAUCGAUAACAGUUAAGCAAAUAAUGGACUCUUGGACACUUCAGACCGGUUAUCCGAUUAUUACAGUUGAUCGCAACUACGCAAACGGAUCGGCCCAAAUAACGCAGAAACGAUACUUGUCCGACACGGUACAGGCCCGUUCAGACAACGAACAGUGUUGGUGGGUUCCACUCAGCUAUACGACGUCGGAAGUACGAGAUUUCAACAGCACUCACCCGAAGUCGUGGCUCAGGUGCAAAUGUAGCGAUCCACACGUAUCCAUACCGGCGACAGUAGCAGAUCUCCCGGACGAAACCAAAUGGGUGGUGUUCAAUAUUGAGAUGUCCGGUCUCUAUAAAGUCAAAUAUGAUGUGGCCAAUUGGAAUUUGUUGAUUGCACAACUGGCCGGACCAAACUACAACCAAAUUAGCGCGAUCAAUCGGGCACAGUUGAUUGACGAUGCAUUGGAUCUUGCUUGGACUGGUGAUCAAGACUACAGCAUAGCACUGAGAAUCGUUGAAUAUUUGAAACACGAAAAGGAAUACAUUCCGUGGAAAUCGGCCCUCGAUAAUCUAAGCGCCGUUAAUAGGGUAUUGAGACGGACAGCACAGUAUGGACUGUUCAAGAAUUACAUGAAGAGCGUACUUGAACCCAUUUACAAGAGUAUUGGUGGAUUAACUGUUGACAAAAAGGCCAAUAAUCGUUUGGACGCAGUUAAGCAUAAAGUUUUGGUCGCUUCUUGGUCGUGCCGUUUUUCAGUCGGAGAAUGUGAAACAAAAUCCAAGGAACUUUUUGCAGAAUGGAUGACCGUCGAACAGCCAGACAAAAAGAAUCCAGUACCAUUAGAUCUCCGUUCAGUUGUUUAUUGCACGGCAAUGCGAUUAGGUGGUCAAAAGGAAUGGGAUUUCCUGUGGGAACGAUACAUGGCUAGCAAUGUCGGUACAGAAAAAGUUAUGAUCCUCGGUUCUCUGGGAUGUUCGCGAGAAAUAUGGUUGAUGCAACGGUACCUGGAGUGGAGUUUAGAUGAAUCGUCUGGGGUACGCAAACAGGACAGUAGCAUAGUAUUUGGUUCUAUUGCAACCGGUGACAUUGGUUUCCUAUUGGCGAAAUCAUUUUUGGUCGAUCGAAUCGAAGACAUUUACAAUUUCUUACAGCCAGAUACCUCUCGUUUAGCGCGAUACAUAAAGCCACUAGCAAAUCAGAUGUCUUCAUCCAAGGAUUACGAUGAGUUGAAACAAUUUGUGAAAGAUCGUGCCAAUUAUUUCGACAAAGCGACUAACAGUGUGAAACAGUCUCUGGAAACUGUCGAAAUAAAUGCACAAUGGCAGGCCAGAAACUACAAGAGCAUUGGACAGAUUUUAAGCGAGUUUUCCAACGAAUAGAUACUCAAUGAUAAUGCAUUUCGUGCGGGUCUCUGGCCAUUGCUGGAGGCCACUUUUUAACACUUUUUUAUGAGGAAAAUUGACAGUGUAAUUCGAUGUAAUUUUUUGAGAGUUUUUGAUUUUUAACAUUUUCAUGAAAAUUUGGUCGAAUCGGACAAAAUUGUGUAGCAAAAAAUUGUUUGCCUGUUUUUAUGUUGUUGUUCAGUAUUAGUAAAAUUGUCCACACUCCAGAAAAUAAAUAUUAUUGUAAUUAC